AUGAAACUGACUGAUGAGCAGCUCAAUACAGCAAUACAGGAACCAGAUCUACCCGAGUUAGCAGCAUGUUUCGACAAUGUUCACAAAGGCUAUCUUGAAAAACUGGAGCUCUCACCUGGAGAACAAACUGACGUGAGGACUAGAGCAUAUGUAGAUGGCACUCUGGCGGGAAUGUUGCUGGCUCUGAAAUUCUGGAUACUGACCAACGGACAAGACGCCACCUUCCAAGCUCUGCUACUCAUCAUACUCUCCCUGCUCAAAGAAGACGUUGCUGUUCGAGUGUUACUCACCUAUUGUUUUGUUUCCCCAGACUCCACCACCUCGUGUCCCCCCUCCCGAGAGAGGGUCCUGCUGAACCACAAGCUGUCCUCGUACAGGGACUACCUACAAAGUCGCUACAGAGCACGAGUAUCCACAUCAGCCACACAAUGGCCUCCUGUUCCAACAAACAAAGUCUUCAAACUGGCCAUGAUUCAGAAGGAGAAAAUACAGAGAGGAAGAAUCGACGAUGAAUUUGUUAAACUAACAAUUACGGGGAAAAUUGAUGAUAUUUUGCUUCAAAAAACUCAAAUUGACUUAAUGAAUAUUUUCUCUGAGAUUGGAAAUAGACAGAACUUUGUGUUGAUUGAAGGAGCUCCCGGCUCUGGCAAGAGCACCCUUGCUCUACACAUCUGUCAGGAGUGGGCAAAGGGGAAACUGUUCCAAGAGUUUGAUAUUUCAAUCCUCGUGAGACUGAGAGAUCCCCUUGUUAAAGAAGCAAAAACAAUAGAAGAUCUUCUCCCUUGUAGGAAUUCAACACUGGCGUGCCAAAUAGGGGCAACAAUUUCAGGGACUGAUGGCAAAGGUGUACUGUGGGUGCUGGACGGAUGGGACGAACUUCCUUCUGACCUCCCUAGAGACUCAAUCAUUAACAAACUAAUUCGACCAGACAUGUCACAAAAAGGAGCCCUACACGAAUCAGCUGUGAUUGUAACAUCUCGACCGUCAUCUUCGGCUGAGCUCCACCCACUAGUCUCGUCCAGGGUGGAGGUGUUGGGGUUCACUCCACAUCAACUAGAACAGUAUUUUACCGAGUGUCUGGAAGGUGACUCACAAGCUGUGCAGACUCUACUGGAGAGAAUUCGAGAGAACCCAGUGGUAGAAGGUAGCUGCUACCUCCCCCUCAAUGCUUCCAUUGUCGUUAAUUGCUUCCUUUCUGACAACCACUCCCUCCCCACAUCCAACCACGGGAUAUUCACAUCGGUUGUCCAAAGCUCUCUCAAGAGAUACCUCCAGGAGAAGUUGGGGAAGACCACUCCAGUGGGAGACAUCACAUCCCCAGACUCACUGCCCUCGGAAAUCAGAACACAGACCGUACAAAUGUGUCAACUUGCAUAUCAUGGGAUUGAAGCCAACAAAGCAACAUUUACUGACGGUGAUUUGGCUGCUCUUCGCAUUACGAAGGACAUUUCAAACGUUGGAUUAUUACAAACUGUUCCCAGCAUCAUUAGCGAUGGUGAUCUGGUUUACUACUGCUUUCUCCAUCUGUCUAUUCAAGAGCUACUAGCAGCAAUCCACAUCUCUCUCAUGUCUCCCAAGCAACAAAUUUCUGUAUUCCAGAAGCUAUUUGGUAGUCCUCGAUUCAGUGCAGUCUUCCAAUUUUAUGCUGGUAUCACCAAACUGAGAACUAGUAGACCAAUCCUCAGCUUGCUACCUCGAUUCUUGUGUCCAGUUCCAGCCACUGUUUUUGAUCUGGUCCAAAAGGUUGUCAAAACUGAGAAAGAGAAGUAUGGUGAGCCAAAGCCCCUUUUGUUGUCCCUCAUCAAUUGUUUGUACGAAGCUGAAGACUCGCGACUGUGUGUGUUUGUGGCUAAUCUUCUUAAUCACAAUCUACAUCUUGAUUACACUACAAUGAAUCCUAUUGACUGCCUCUCUGUUGGAUAUUUCGUAUCAGCUUGUUCCAACACCAGUAAUGGAUUCACACUUAGCCUCAGCAUUUGCUCUAUUGAUGACCAAGGCUGCAAAUUUCUGGCCCGAGGACUCUCCAAGUGUCCCAACUCUAAUAAUGAUAUUCCUACAGCAGGGAUACACAUUGCCGAGAUUAUCGAGAACACUAGUUCAAUAUCUGAAUUGAAUUUGUCUUUUAAUGCCAUUGGUAACAGUGGACUUUGCACACUCUGUGCGGCCUUGUCCACUAACACAUCAUUAAAGAGCCUGAACCUGACCAAUUGCUCACUAACAAUAUCAGACGACAAUGGAGCUGCCCUCUAUCAACUUCUGAAUACAAACAAUUCCCUCGAAUAUCUUAGUUUGUAUGGUAACACAGUGACUAGCUGUCGUCACAUUGCUGCUGGACUUGCAGUUAAUAAGACUCUGAGAACAUUGUACUUGGAUGACUGUGAACUGACUGAUCAGAGUAUCGAGGAGCUAUCAACUGGACUGAUCAACAAGAUUGAAACACUGUACAUUUAUGCUAAUGCCUCAAUAACAGAAGAUGGAAUGAAGACACUUGCCAGACAUCUAACCACCCACUGCUCUGAACUGACACUAUUGUUGAUACCCGACCACCUAGAGUCCUGUAUCGAGACAGUAUUCAGGGACGCUAACAAAGAGAGGAAGAGAAAUGGACUACCCGAGAUUGGUGUGCAUACAUUAUAAUACUUAUAUAUACUAAAUUAUAAUUACUUAAUAAAUGUUAUUUAUAAUUACUGAUUUUUAGUAAUUAUAAUUAUGUUUAGUUAUAAUUAUAUUAUGAUUAUAUUGUU